AUGUUUUCUUGCGGAACGAAGAAGAGCAAUGCUCGUGUUCGGAGAGAGCAAGGUCGCGGUUCGGCGGUGGCAGAUUCUCCGGUGACUCCUGCGCGAGCCUCUUUCAAUGACAGCGCCGUUCCCAAUCGCCCUAGCUCCGGCACUCCUGCUCCUUGGGCUCCUCGUUUAUCUGUCCUUGCCAGGGUUCCUCAGGUCAACCGAAGUGGAAAAGGAGACGACGCUGAUCCUACCAAACCUGUUUUCGUCGGCGAGUUUCCGCAAGUGGUUCGAGAUGAGCAGAACGUUUUGCUGCACAAGCGAAUUCCUGGCGAAGAUCGCGCGUGUGGUGGGAUUGACAAGUGCACAGCACUCGCCUGGAUUAUUUGCGGGAACAGGGUCUACCUAUGGAGUUAUCUGUCCCCGGCACCCUCCAUGAAAUGUGUGAUCCUUGAAAUUCCUGUGGAUGAUGCGGAUGUUAGCAGAAAUGACGCUGGUAGUUGGUUGCUUCGUGUUGUUAAUUGUGAUGUCGCUUCUGUGGGAAGGAAUGAGGUUGCCAAACAGUGCAACUCUGCUGCUGUAGUUUUGUGUAAUUGUCAAACUCGGGCUGUUUUUUAUUGGCCAGACAUUUAUUCUCAGCUGCUUGCUCCGGUAAGUAGCAUAGCAUCUUCCAGUGAGCUGGGGGCUGUUUUUACUUCUGAUGGGAAAGCUUCCUUCAACCGGCAGCGGCGACAAAGUAAGCUAGCAAGUGGUCCGAGUGGAUUGUUCACGUUUAACUCUAUGAUUGCUUCUAGUGUUCCCAAUCAUAAGUUUGCAUGUGUUGCCCUUGCGUGUAGCUCAAGUGGUGAGCUCUGGCAGUUUCAAUGCACUCCUAGUGGCAUUGAGCGAAGGAAAGUGUAUGAAAAUAUCAUGCAUUUCCAUCCUCAACGGGGUGAGUCAGUUCAAACUGUGAGCAAUGUCGGGUACCCAAGGUCUCUGACUUGGGGUUGCCCGCAUUAUUCUAUCCAGGAAGCAAAUAGGCAGUUCUUGGUAUUGACGGACCAUGAGAUACAAUGUUUCAAAGUAGAGUUUGAUAGUGAUAUACCUGUUUCUAAGCUUUGGUCUCAGGAAAUAGUUGGAACAGAUGCUGAGGUUGGCAUUAAGAAGGAUCUGGCUGGUCAAAAGAGAAUAUGGCCUCUUGAUAUGCAAGUAGAUGAUCAUGGUAAAGUCAUUACUAUUCUUGUUGCAACCUUCUGCAAUGACCGGAUUAGCAGUUCAAGCUACAUGCAGUAUUCUCUCCUGACCAUGCAAUAUAAAUCGGUGCUGGGUUUAGAGACAACAAAUGACAAGGUUUUAGAGAAAAAAGCGCCUAUUGAGGUGAUAAUGCCAAAAGCUAGAGUUGAAGAUGAAGAUUUCUUGUUUUCCAUGAGGCUUCGGAUAGGGGGCAAUCCUUCAGGGUCUGCAGUCAUAAUAUCUGGGGAUGGAACAGCAACUGUCUCCCAUUAUUAUAGAAACUCUACACGACUCUAUCAGUUUGAUUUACCCCAUGAUGCUGGUAAAGUGCUAGAUGCUUCAAUCCUUCCUUCUGCAGAUGAUUAUGAAGAAGGUGCAUGGGUUGUAUUAACAGAGAAAGCAGGAAUAUGGGCAAUACCAGAGAAAGCUGUCAUUCUUGGAGGGGUGGAACCACCUGAGAGAAGCUUAUCUCGGAAAGGAAGUUCUAAUGAAAGAUCCGCACAAGAAGAGAUAAGAAAUCUUACAUUUGCAGCUAAUGUUGCUCCCAGAAGGGCUAGCUCUGAAGCAUGGAGUGCUGGGGAUAAACAGAGGACGGUUUUGAGUGGAAUUGGACGAAGAACUGCUCAAGAUGAAGAAUCAGAAGCUUUGUUGAAUAAUCUUUUCAAUGAAUUUUUAUCAUCUGGUCAAAUUGAUAGGUCUCUUGAAAAGCUAGAAACUUCUGGUUCAUUUGAAAGGGAUGGGGAAACCAGUGUUUUUGUACGGAUGAGCAAAUCAAUUAUUGACACCCUAGCUAAACACUGGACAACUACCAGAGGUGCAGAGAUUUUAGCCAUGGCUGUUGUUUCCACCCAACUCUUGGAAAAGCAGCAGAAACAUGAAAAAUUCCUUCACUUUCUUGCCUUGUCCAAAUGCCACGAAGAACUGUGUUCUAAGCAGAGACAUGCCUUGCAAAUUAUUCUAGAGCACGGUGAAAAGUUAUCUGCAAUGAUUCAGCUGAGGGAGCUACAAAAUGUGAUCAGCCAAAAUCGAUCAACUAAUGUUGACUCCUCAAAUUCUAGUUUGGACAUUCAAAUGUCAGGUGCCCUUUGGGACAUGAUACAGUUAGUUGGUGAGCGAGCUCGUCGAAACACUGUCCUUUUGAUGGAUAGAGAUAAUGCAGAAGUGUUCUACAGUAAGGUUUCAGAUCUUGAAGAUCUCUUCUACUGCUUAGAUAAAGAGUUAGAAUAUGUAAUAAGACCGGAGCACCUGUUAGUGAUCCAGAUCCAGAGGGCAUGUGAACUCUCUACUGCAUGUGUUACCAUAAUUAGGACAUGCUUCAACUAUAAGAAUGAGCACAGAUUAUGGUAUCCUCCACCUGAGGGUUUAACACCUUGGUAUUGUCAACCUAUUGUACGGACUGGGAUUUGGAGUGUUGCUUCUGUUCUGCUUCACUUGUUAAAUGAAACAUCUGGACUUGAUAAAACCUCAAAAUUGGACUUGUAUAACAAUUUGGAAGCACUAACUGAAGUCCUACUUGAGGCAUAUUCCGGAGCUGUUACAGCGAAGAAUGAGCGUGGAGAAGAACACAAAGGUCUGUUAAAUGAAUAUUGGGAGAGACGAGACACCCUUCUUGAAUCUCUAUAUCAAAAAGUUAAAGAAUUUGAAGAUGCUCACAAGGAUUCGUUUGAAGUUGCUGGAGAGCAGAAUGACGAGACCAUAAUGAAGCUUACUUCACAUCUGCUAUCAAUUGCUAAACGACAUGGAUGUUACAAAGUUAUGUGGACAGUUUGUUGUGAUGUGAAUGAUUCGGAAUUACUGAGAAAUAUUAUGCAUGAAAGCCUGAGUCCAAAUGAGGGAUUUAGUUACUAUGUCUUUAAGAAACUCCAUGAGAGCAGACAAUUUUCUCAACUUUUAAGGCUAGGGGAAGAAUUUCCCGAAGAGCUAUCCAUUUUCCUGAGGGAGUAUCAAGAUCUUCUAUGGCUUCAUGAUUUGUUCCUUCAUCAAUUUUCCUCUGCUUCAGAAUCACUUCAUACAUUGGCGCUGACACAAAACAUGCAUUCUAAUUCAGUCGCUGAAGAGAAAGAACAGGAGUGUCUGAAGACGAAACUAAAAUUGACUGACAGAAAAAAUCUUUUAUACCUAUCUAAGAUUGCAGCCUUUGCAGCUGGCAAAGAUGCUGAUACUCAGGUCAAGGUCGACCGCAUUGAGGCUGAUUUGAAGAUUCUGAAAUUACAGGAGGAAGUAAUGAAGCGUUUUCAUUCCAUUGAGGAUACGCAACUAGUAGAAGAUGAACCGCUUCAUCCUCUAGAAUUGAUUAACUUAUGUCUGGAAAGUGAAGAUCAAGAGCUCUCACUGUGGGCCUUUGACGUUUUUGCUUGGACUAGUUCCUCGUUUCGGAAGAUAAACAAAAGCCUUUUGGAGGAUUGUUGGAAAAAAGCUGCUAGUCAGGAUGAUUGGAGUAAAUUCCACGAUUCAUACACAUCUGAAGGAUGGAGUGACCAGGAAAUUCUGCAAAACUUGAAAAAUACCAUACUUUUCCAGGCUUCAAGUAGGUGUUAUGGACCUCGAAGUGAAACAUUUGAAGAAGGGUUUGACCAAGUAUUACCCUUGAGGCAAGAAAACAUGGAGGGUAGUUCAGUUGAAACAAUAUUAAUGCAGCACAAGGAUUUUGCAGAUGCUGGCAAACUUAUGCUAAUGGCAAUAAUGCUUGGUAGCGAGCAUGGUGGUGACCUGAGAAUCGAAGAAGGGCCUUCCCCAAUGGAUUAGCGUGACAUCUGGAAUAUGCAUUUGUUGUGAUACUUCCUCUUCCAUGCACUGCAUUCACUACACAACCCUGCCGUAAUCACAAAGACGCCAAUAUCGAAAGUGAAAUGCUUCUUGCAUACGGUUUUUGCAUACCACUCCGGAAACAUUAUUGUUUGGUAAAUGAAAAUUGGUUGUGAUUUUUUUUUUUUUUUUAUAUUCAAAACAAAGAGCAGUGUGAGAAUGGGGGCAGUUAAAAUGCCUUGCAAAUAACAUUGUUGAUAUUGAAAUCGAAAUUAACUAGAUCAUGUCAGUAUAGGGAACAUCAGUAUUUUUAUUACUGGUGAAAAUAUAUUAACUGAAAAUGAAAACAAGUGCUUAAAAA